AUGGGAUCUACUUCAACGAUAGCUACAGGGACAGCGGGUGGAACUUUUCAGCCACAGAGUUGCCAAAAUUACUAUACAGUUACGACACCUACAUGGCCGAACCUUUUGCCGGCGCAGUUACCAGGACCGGGAGUGCCCGUUGCAGGUACACCGGCCGGGAUUGCCCACCAGGCACCAUUGCUUGCACCAUUACAUGGCACUAUACCGCCAGCAAUCUACUUAGGACCAACAGCCGUCGCACCAGGACCAGGAGGGCUCGUUGCGCCUCCAGCUAUUCCUGCUUACGCUAAUGCUGCUGCUGCGGCGGCGGCGAAGGCUUUGGAUCCUGCUGUAACUGGUGCGCCUGCUGCACCUGCUGGGCCUCCUGAGCAUGCAGUACCUUGA